CGUUUCCCCACGCGCACGCGAGCGAGCCAAACACGCAGACGGAACCUCCGUCCACCCUUAUCCUCUCCCCGGACCGGAGCCUUCCUCCUGCCGAUGGCGUCCCUCACCACCACCACCGCCUCCUCGCCCGCCGCGCUGCCCGCCGCCACGGCGGCCACGGCCUCCUCCGUCUCGCCCACCGCCGCCGCCUCCAAGCGCCCGCACCUCGCCGGCGACGACGCGCCCUGGCGCGUCGCCGCCACCGGCUCCGCCGGGAUCCGCCCCGUCCCGCGCAUCCACCACGCGCCCGUCCUCCGGGUCGCCCACGACGAUUACGCCCUCGCGCUCAUGAAGCAUCCGGAUCCGAUUGGGGUGGGCCUCGCCAUGGAGGCGGUCGCGGAGGCCGCUGGCCCCGAGUGCAUCGUGCCCGGCCAGCACGCGCCGCUCCGGCUCAUGGGGAUCAAGGUUUGGCCCAUAGAAGUAGAGAUGAAGUUUCUGGAACCGUUUGGCCGGGAGUUACAUUCCAUGAAGAAGUUCAUGGACAAGUCAUGCAGUGUCAUGGACUCCUCUUUAGCACAUAAGUAGGCGUGCAUGCCAGAGUUGUUCCUUCCAAUACCUAGCUGAUGUUGUACCCGUAGUGCCUGAUGGAUCGCAAACCUACGGACUGGGGAGAGUCCACGGAUCGAAACAGCAUUCUUGCGUAUCUUGGGUUGCAUCACUUGAUGGAACGAGAUAUGGCACCGGGAACACAGCAGGCAAAUCAUCGAUUAGCAAGUGUAUUUUGGGAGUGUCUGUAUGGACCCUGUGCUCAGUUUGCGCCAAGAUAAAUUUGUUAUCAACAUGUACUACAUUUGUUACAUUCAUGAAACAGUUGAGAAUACAAUACUGAGUUGCCAGGAGAA